ACAGGGCAAACGGGUUUGGCUAGUUUGUGCAAAGGCAUUGUAUUCUUUGGAACUUUGAAGCUAUAUUUGAUCUCACUAACACACAGCGUCAGCACCACAACUCUUACACACAGUAGAAAGCACCAUGUCUUCCAAGCUGGUCAUCAAGCAGCCUGAGCCGGUGCUGGAGGCCAGAGACUCUGACGAAUGGGGAUCAGGAAUAUGUGACUGCUGUGAUGAUGUGCCUGAAUGCUGUUUUGCAUUCUGGUGCUGUCCCUGCUUUGCCUGUAAAAUCUCCAAGGAGUACGGCCAGUGUCUCUGCCUCCCCCUGCUGGACAUUUUUGGUUGUAUCCCACCCGUCACCAUGACAAUGAGGGUCUCCAUGCGUGAACGCUAUGGCAUCAAGGGCACCAUGUUGAGGGACUGUGUGUGUGCCACCUGCUGCACACCAUGCACAUGGUGUCAGAUGUCCAGAGAGAUGAAAAGAAGAAACAUCCAGAUCCUUCUGGUCAGCGCCAAGAACACAUAACCUCUGAUCUGUGUCAUCAAACAUCACCAGUUUGUCGCCCUUAUGCCAUAAAUUUAAAUAAACCACAAUCCACGUUGACAUUUUAUACAUUUUAUUGCUCCACCAGCCAAACGUUGUCAAUUUUGACCAUAUCUAGUCAGACUGAACACUCUAUUAGCCAUUUAUGCAGGUAGCCAGCCUAUAUAUGUUCAAUCUUUUCUAAAACUUUGGCAGCAGGGCAGUCUCUGAACCUACAAGCCACUGACGAUGCCUGAUGGCUGAAAAGUUGCAGGUUGGAGUUUUAAUGUAAACCUUUCCUGAAGGCAAGUGGCAGAAAUAAUCGGAUUAGUAAAAUUAACCUCAUUAGCUGGAGUUAAGGAAUCACAGUUUAACAAACAGAACAAAGUCUGGUGAAAAACAUAAGAGGUGAGGGAGGAGGCACCCAUAGGGCUCUGAUAUAACCAAAAAAGCUAUUGCUUUCAAUUUGCAAUCUAGCCAUAUGUGCUUCCCAACUUCAGCUAGUGAGCUUACAGUGGCAGGCAUUCCAGUUUCCCAGCUGACCAAAAUGAAGUGUAUGUAGUGAAGUGGUAACCUGUACCUUCCAACAUCAUAGAAGUCAUAAAUGAAGAGCAAAAGUUUUGACCAGAGACCCUCCUUUACCACUUAAGUUCACCAGUUAGCUAAUUUGCACUAUGAAAAACAAAAAAAAAAACAAAACAAAACAAAAAAACAGUACUUUCUCUUGAUUCUCAGUAUGAAAUUUAUGUAGCCAUGCUGGAGAUGUAUGCAUUCAAUAUCUGUUGUGAUGUAGAAUUUAUGGUCUUUUUUAUUUUAUAAUCAGGCUGACAGCAUAUCUUUAUGAUCUUUUUUUUUUUUUUUUUUUCCAUUUUGCCCAUUUUAGCAUUUCUGUGAUUAUCUUUUUGGUUAAUCUAUGUCUAUGUUAUGUUAAUAAUUGAUCAAAUUGACUUCACACUGAAGUAGUAGCUUUUGCAGUGAAUGCCACAGAUUCACUGCAAAAGUGUCUUCUUCAGUUGUGUUAUUCUCCUUGCAUGUUGGCUUUGUAUCGUGCAAUGUAAUUCUUAUUUCUUUAAUGUUGUUUUUUAAGUCUCAUUGGUGGUCAGCACUUUGUCACUUUAAGAAAAGGUCAAAA